AUGGGACGCGGAAAGCAUUGUAGUGUAGAAAAACGAGAACUGAUCCAAAAGUUGAUAUCAGCAGGGAAAUCUUAUAGAGAAGUUGGUCGAUUGGUUGAGUUUUCCAAAAAAAUCAUAAGGAAUGCCAUAAAAUAUCAAGAAAUGCCUGACACACGUGGUCGAAAACGUUCUAUUUCAACAUUGCUGGCCAAUCGCUUAGUCCAACAGGCUAAAAAGAAGCCUUUUAAAACAGCUACCGAGCUGAAAAAGGACUUUAAAGUUGAUGCAACAGUACUAACAGUUCAGAGUUGUCUGCAAGUUAAUGGAUUAAAAGCCUGUAGCCCCAGAAAAGUUCCACUUCAAAAUGCCAGACAUGUUGUAAAGCGUAUUGUGUUUGCUAAAAAACACUCAAAUUGGCCACUGGGAAAAUGGAGGAAUAUAUUACGGACAGACAAAAGUAAGAUUAUGCUUCAUGGUGGAAAAGGCUCUCGGACGUCAGAAGACCGCCGAAUGCAGAAUACAAUCCAAAAUAUACCAUCAAAACUAUUAAACGUGGAGGUUGUAGUAUAA